UUAAAAGUUUCGCCUUCAGCUUAUAACGAACCAAACCGUCUCUACCAAAGUUCACCAAAACUGAACCCUAGUCCUGUCUCUGAAAUUGACCUGCUCAAAUCCUUUUUGACCAAAAUCAACAUUCAAAUAUUUACCCUUUUCCCUCUCUUUAAAAGCCACACUUAAUUAUAUUACAUUUGCUCUAAUGAUUUCAUACGGACUGUGAAAUUGGAGAUUUAAUGGUAGGAAUGGUUAAUUCCAGUUCGAGAGAGAGGCUAGCGAGCCUCGUUAAAGCGGCCAUUGACAUACCUUUAAAGCUCGAGACCUUGCGUCUAUUAAACGAGAAUUUGUUAGAAGAAAAGGACGUCGGUUCGCUAUCUGAGUUUCUCCCUCGACUUUUCGAGUUACAGUAUGAUCAGCACUCUCCGGUUCGCAAAUCUGUUGCCCAGAUAAUUGGAGAAAUUGGGCUCAAGCACUUGGAAUUUGUGCCGGAAAUUGCUCCUGUUUUAAUGAGUGUUUUGGAUGAUCGUGCACCUGCUGUUGCUAGACAAGCCGUCACUUGUGGGAUUAACUUAUUUCGAUCCACCUUUCAAAAACUUGCUAUUCAGGGUCUUUAUGCCAGUGAGGUGGAUGAUUUGCUUAAGUCAUCAUGGUCAUCGAUGUUAGAAUUCAAGGAAAAGUUGUAUUCUAUAGCUUUUCAGCCUGGAAGUGGUGGGGUAAGGUUGCUUGCCCUGAAGUUUGUUGAAGCAGUCAUUCUUCUUUACACACCUGAUCCUAAUGGCCCUGCAGAACCCCCUACUCAUGAAGAAGAACUUGUGGAAUUUAAUAUAUCAUGGCUGCGAGGGGGCCACCCUGUACUAAAUGUUGGAGAUCUGUCAAUUGAGGCCAGCAAACGAUUGGGUUUAUUACUUGAUCAGCUUAGGUUCCCAACUGUGAAAUCUCUCAAUAACUUGGUGAUCAUUGUGCUAAUAAAUAGCCUCGCCACAAUUGCGAAGAGAAGGCCCCCGUAUUAUGGACGCAUCCUACCAGUUUUACUUGGUUUGGGUCCUUCAGGCUCUAGUAUUGAGGUUAUGCAUGCUUCUGGGGCAAAUCUUGCUUUGAAAAAUGCCUUUCUCACCUGCUUGAAAUGUACUCACCCUGGUGCAGCACCGUGGCGGGAUCGUUUAGCUGGUUCACUAAAAGAGAUGAAAGCAGGAGGGCUAGCUGAAGAAGCCUUAUGUCAAAAUUUCAAGAGUAAUGGGGGUGCAGAGGAGGGGGAAGAGGUCUCAACAAUUGCUAUGGAUGAUAAACUUAAAACUGAACCAUUUGAUGGCAUACAUGAGAAAUUUGGAAGUAAAAGACCUGGAGGCGAGGACAAUAGUGAGUCGGCUGAAGACAAUGAUGUGCCUAAGAAACGUGCCAGGCAAAUGGCUAGUGUCUCAGAGGACUCAACUAAAGAGUUGAACAGAAAUAUUUCAGUGUCCCAGGAUGAUAUAUCCUCAGAUGGACCUGCUGUUACAAAAGGUGAAGAUGAUACUGGACCUGUGCAGCAACUUGUUGCAAUGUUUGGAGCCUUGGUUGCUCAAGGUGAAAAGGCCGUUGGUUCUUUGGAGAUUCUUAUUUCAAGCAUCUCGGCUGACUUGUUAGCUGAAGUAGUGAUAGCUAAUAUGCGCUACCUUCCUUCUAGUCAUCCUGAAGCUGAAGGGCAAGACAAACCACUAGUGGAUAUGACUAUAGUUGGCAGUAACACUCAAGCCAAGUAUCCAUCAUCGUUUUUGGCAAAUGUUCUUUCGCUUUCUACUUCUUUCCCACCAAUAGCUUUGCGGCUUAAUGCUCACCAGUCAACUUCCAACGACAUAGAGCAGCUGACGUCACAAGUUCAAGAAGAACCCUAUGUUGCUCUCGAGUCUGAUAGUGCUGUUGUAUAUUCUGAAAUGAGUUGUGGGGCCAAAAAUGAAAUGUUGCCUACUGGUUCAACAGCUCCUUCAAAUGUGAUUUUAUCUGGGAUGGAGAUGGAUAUACCGUCUGACAGCCAUAGCGUUGGGAAUGUGGAGAGUGAGAUACCCGGCCUAGACUCUUCUGCUCGUAAUGAUGGAUUAUCUGAAACCGUGGGUGCUUCCUCAUUGGCCUCCACUGAUCUAGAAGAUGCUAGUCAAGAGCAGGUUACAAGUUUGGAUGGAAGUUCAACCCUGGAUUUGCAUCCGGUGACGUCAACAGAUAGGUCAGAGGAGCUCAGUCCAAAAACAGCUGUUACUGAUUCCAGCAGUUUGAUUUCAUCAGCAGCGGCAACUGUGGGCUUACCUUAUACUUUUGUUUUGCCUAAAAUGUCAGCACCUGUUGUUGACCUAGCAGAAGAAGAGAAGGAUCGACUUCAAAAUUUGGUUUUCAUGCACAUCAUUGAGGCAUAUAAACAAAUAUCAGUUGCUGGAGGUUCACAAGUCCGCUUUUCCUUGCUUGCUUAUUUAGGAGUUGAGUUCUUGCAGUUUCCCUCUGAUUUAGACCCCUGGAAACUCCUUCGAGAGCACAUAUUAUCAGAUUACAUGAGUCAUGAGGGACACGAGUUGACAUUGCGUGUCCUCUACAGGUUAUUUGGUGAGGUAGAGGAGGAACGUGACUUCUUUUCUUCAACAACUGCUGCUUCUGUGUAUGAAACAUUCCUGCUGGCCGUGGCUGAAACACUGAGAGACUCCUUUCCUCCUUCAGACAAAUCUUUAAGUAGAUUGCUUGGUGAAGCUCCUUAUCUACCAAAGCCAGUUCUGAAUUUAUUAGAGUCCUUGUGCUGUCCUGGAAAUGACAAGGCUGAGAAUGAUUUACAAAGUGGGGAUCGAGUUACUCAAGGUCUAAGCACUGUAUGGGGCCUGAUAUUGCAGAGGCCUCCUAUUCGGGAAGUCUGCUUGAAAAUUGCUUUGCAGAGUGCAGUUCAUCACUUGGAGGAAGUUCGCAUGAAGGCAAUUCGACUGGUGGCAAACAAACUUUAUCCCAUCCCAUCUAUUGCUCAACAAAUAGAAGAUUUUGCUAAGGAAAAGUUGCUCUCCAUAGUAAAUAGAGAUGCUACGGAAAGUAUGGAUGCUGUAGGAUUAAGUAUUGAACUGAAAAAGGAUUGCAAUUUGGAAAAACCAACAAAUGACCAUCAGUCAGUUAGUGCCACCAGUAAAGAUAUCUCCUCUGAAAGUCAUCAAUCAUGCACAUUUCAAAGUGCACCAUCUUGCUUUAUACAUGAGGCCCAGCAGUGCAUGUCACUGUACUUUGCUUUGUGCACAAAGAAGCAUUCCCUGUUUCGCCAAAUUUUUAUUAUUUAUGAAAGCACAUCGAAGGAAGUUAAAGAGGCAGUUCGCCGCCAUAUUCCCAUACUAGUCCGUACAAUGGGAUCAUCUUCUGAGCUUCUUGAAAUAAUUUCGGAUCCUCCAAGUGGAAGUGAGAAUCUUCUGAUCCAGGUUUUACAAACACUUACAGAUGGGGCAGUUCCUUCUCCAGAAUUAUUGUCCACCAUUAGGAAGUUAUACGAUACCAAACUAAAGGAUAUAGAGAUUCUAAUUCCAGUACUGCCAUUCCUACCAAGAGAUGAGGUUUUGCUGACCUUUCCCCAUCUUGUGAAUCUUCCUCCAGAUAAAUUCCAAGCUGCACUUGCACGUGUGCUACAGGGAUCACCUCACUCCAGUUCUCCUCUCACUCCUGCUGAAGUGCUAAUAGCCAUCCAUGGAAUUGAUCCAGACAAAGAUGGAAUUCCAUUGAAGAAGGUCACAGAUGCCUGUAAUGCUUGUUUUGAGCAACGGCAGAUAUUUACUCAACAAGUAAUAGCGAAGGUUUUGAAUCAGUUGGUUGAACAGAUUCCUCUUCCUUUGUUGUUCAUGCGUACCGUGUUACAAGCUAUUGGUGCUUACCCAGCACUGGUGGAGUUUAUAAUGGAUAUCCUUUCUCGUCUUGUUAGUAAGCAGAUUUGGAAAUAUCCAAAGUUGUGGGUUGGAUUCUUGAAGUGUGCACUCUUGACAAAGCCUCAGUCCUUCAGUGUGUUGCUUCAGCUACCUCCACCACAACUGGAAAAUGCAUUGAAUAGAACUGCAGCACUGAAAGCUCCUUUGGUUGCUCAUGCUAGCCAACCUAACAUCAAAGCUUCACUACCAAGAUCUAUUCAGGUGGUUCUGGGAAUAGCUCCAGACACACAGACUUCAAGUCAAGCACAAACAAGUCAGGCUCAAAUGGGAGAUACAAGCACCUCAGAAAAGAUGCUAACAGAGAAGUCUAAAGAAUCUUCCAGUGCUAGUUGACGGGGCUAAAAAUAAGUUUUAGCAGAUCAGAAUGUUUGCCUUAAGAGAGGAGUUGCUGGUCUUGCCAAGCUCGGCCAAGGUCAGUAGUGUUCGAUUCCUAUAUUGCUUGUGUCCCAUGCAAUAAUCUUCACUCUGUACGAUGAUGGGCUGGAAAGGAUCUAAGGUAGCCAAUGUUGUAUCAUAUAAUACCCUACUGUACCUCACAAUGCUAUUUAAUGGAAUUGCUGCCUUUGUCGAUGAGAUUUACAAUCAAGGUAGGAAGCACCCUCUAGAUAAAGUGAGUGCGACAUUGGUUUAGUGCAAAUUUUGGAAGUUGAAUAAGCAACUGGAAUUUCUUUUUUCUUUUAAUAUGAUUUGCUUCUAACGUUGUUGGGGACUUCUAAAUGUUGAUAAUAUAGAUGUAUAUUAAUUCAACAAGUAUUUUUAGCAUGUUUUGUUGGAAACUCUUUUGGCAGAUUGUUUGGUCGACCGGUGUGUCAAAAUGAACCCUGAAACUGAGCUUCUGUAGCACAGACAAUUUAACAGUGACAUUCUGUAAUUUUCCAUAAUUACAAUUACUGGAAUAUUAAUCCAUCCAGGUUGUUCAUGCAGUAAAAUGACAAGACUAGCUUAUUUAACUGGGACAAGGCCAACUGAUUCAAAAAACACAAAAACAGAAAAAAAAAAAAAAAAAAAAAA